UAUUUUGGUGUCCGGUAAAUACAGGCUAUGCUUUUUAUUUUUAUUUUACUAGGCUAUAAUUAAGUAACAAAAAGACUCUUACAAGCGCACAUGCCAGCGCAUCCUUUAUUUAGCAGACAGAAGGGAGCGGCUGCGCGAAACUGACCGAGGAUGGACUCGCCUACACAGGGGACCCACUGGUUUGCUCUCGCGCUCUGCGUCCUGCUAUUGUGGAGCUCCGUGUGCGGUCGUGAGCAUGUCUGUCAGGAGAUUUCGGUGCCACUGUGCAGAGGGAUUGGUUAUAACUACACCUACAUGCCCAACCAAUUCAACCACGACAACCAGGAUGAAGCCGGACUUGAGGUGCACCAGUUCUGGCCCCUCGUGGAGAUCCAGUGUUCCCCUGACCUGCGCUUCUUUCUUUGCAGUAUGUACACGCCAAUUUGCCUGGAGGAUUAUAAGAAACCUUUGCCGCCGUGCAGAAGUGUGUGCGAGCGGGCGAAAGCGGGAUGCGCGCCGUUGAUGAGGCAGUACGGGUUCCCGUGGCCGGACAGAAUGAGGUGCGAUCUUCUACCUGUGCAGGGGGAUCCGAACACUCUGUGUAUGGACUACAACAGGACUGAUGCCACAGCUUCUCCGGCUGCUCCAAAACCAACUAGCCGACCAGGGAAACCAUUCAAGCGGAAAAAUAAAAGCAGUCAUGGGUCUUCAUCCUGUGAACCGGAGUGUUACUGUCGCGCGCCGAUGGUGCCCGUGCAAAGUGACCAUCAUCCGCUGUAUAACCGCGUAAAGACGGGACAGAUCGCCAACUGCGCCAUGCCCUGCCACAACCCCUAUCUUUCCCAAGAGGAAAGGACCUUUGCUACAUUUUGGAUAGGGAUUUGGUCAGUUUUGUGCUUUCUGUCAACGUUCGCCACAGUGGCCACUUUCCUCAUAGACAUCGAGAGGUUUAAAUACCCAGAGCGUCCUAUUAUUUUCCUGUCCGCCUGUUAUAUGUUCGUGUCCGUGGGCUAUAUUAUCAGACUCAUCGCUGGACAUGAAAGAGUGGCGUGCAACCAGAAUCAUGAGAUGGACCAUAUACACUACGAAACUACUGGUCCUGCACUUUGCACGCUUGUAUUUCUCCUCAUCUAUUUUUUCGGGAUGGCGAGCGCCAUCUGGUGGGUGAUUCUGUCCUUUACAUGGUUCCUCGCGGCAGGACUGAAGUGGGGAAAUGAAGCGAUAGCGCGAUACUCGCAGUAUUUCCACAUGGCUGCUUGGCUCAUCCCAAGCGUUAAAUCCAUCACAGUUCUCGCGCUGAGUUCAGUGGAUGGGGACUCGAUCGCGGGAAUCUGCUAUGUGGGAAACCAGAACUUGGACAACCUGCGGGGCUUCGUGCUCGCGCCGCUCGUGAUUUACCUGUUUAUCGGCACGAUAUUUUUAUUCGCAGGCUUUGUGUCCAUGUUUCGCAUACGGAGCGUCAUUAAGCAAGGAGGAACGAAAACGGACAAACUCGAGAGGCUGAUGGUUCGCAUCGGGGUGUUUACAGUACUUUACACGGUCGUUGCAAUAAUGAUUGUGGCUUGCUAUGUUUACGAACACCACAAUCGCGAAGCGUGGGAAAUCGCGCAUGCGUGCAACUGUUCGUCCGAUAAAAAAGCCCAGAAACCGGACUACGCGGUGUUUAUGCUCAAAUACUUCAUGUGCCUUUUAAUUGGGAUCACGUCGGGCGCGUGGACGUGGUCCAGUAAAACUCUGGACUCCUGGCGCGCCCUGUGCACGCGCUGCUGCUGCAGGUGGUCUACUAAAGGCACGAGCGGGUCAGUUUACAGUGACGCGAGCACGGGACUGACGUGGCGAUCGGGCACAGCAAGCUCGGUGUUGUGCCCUCCAAAACAAAUGCCACUUUCUCGUGUGUGAUGAUAACGGCAGGACCAGCAGACCGUCCUAACAAACACUGCAAACUGAGCAACUGCUGCUUUCCUGAAGUGAUACGAGAUGCAUACUGGAGACAGACGAGAAGUAUAUCUGACAGUGACUUGAGUAGAAAGUGUGAAGUUUUUAACUAAACCAAAUGCCAGUCAUUAAAGGGAUCACAAUGUUGUCCUCAUUUACUUGUUCCAAACCUUUAUGGGUUUCCUCUGUUGAACGCAGAUGAAGAUGCUUUGAAGAAUGCUGAAAACCUGUAACUAUGGACUUCCUUAGCAUUUGUUUUUUCCUACUAUGGAAGUCCAGUUACAGGUUUUCAGCAUUCUUCAAAGUAUCUUCAUCUGUGUUCAACAGAUUAAACUGAUAAGUUUGAAUGAAGAGUGAGUAAAUGGCAGGAAUGUACAGGAGUGUAGUUAACUAACUGUCCCUUUAAAUCUCAGCUACAGCAUGCGUAAACAUUGAUGAAAUGUGCCUUGAUGAAUUGUAAUACGGGUUUUUAUAUUUUCUUAUGUAUUUAUUAGAUCAUGUUUAACAUUU